AUGAGAAUGGAACGAGGGGCGGACGCGCCGGCUGCGCCGAGGGCUACUUCGUACGCGUGGGAUUGCUCUCAGCAGCCGCUGCCCCCCAGCAGCCGAGGCAAAUGGGUUCGGCUGAAUGUCGGGGGCACCGUUUUCUUAACCACCAGGCAGACCUUGUGCCGCGAGCAGAAAUCUUUCCUCUGCCGCCUGUGCCAGGGAGAAGAGCUGCAGUCAGAUCGGGAUGAGACCGGCGCAUAUCUCAUAGAUCGAGACCCUACUUAUUUUGGACCUAUUCUGAAUUUCCUCCGGCAUGGGAAAUUGGUACUGGAUAAAGAUAUGGCUGAGGAAGGAGUUCUGGAAGAAGCGGAAUUCUACAACAUUGGGUCUCUAAUCAGACUAAUAAAAGACAGACUGGAGGAAAAGGAUUACACUAUAACCCAGGUGCCACCAAAGCACGUCUACAGAGUGCUGCAGUGUCAGGAGGAAGAGCUCACACAAAUGGUUUCUACAAUGUCAGAUGGGUGGCGCUUUGAACAGUUAGUGAAUAUUGGGUCAUCCUAUAAUUAUGGGAAUGAGGACCAAUCAGAAUUCCUGUGUGUCGUCUCGAAGGAGCUGUGCAGCUCACCCAGCGGCCUUUGCCCUGAAUCCAGCCGGAAAUUCAAGAACACUGAGGAAGGUCCAGAACAAGGAGAGCAGAAGGAUGAGGAGCUGCACCUGCAAGAAGUUGAGGAAGGGCAGGAGGAGGCCCCCAAAGCAGAAGAGGAGAAAGGUGCAGCACAUCUUUAAGCAAAAAGAUGACCAAAGUCAUCAACUAAAGGAUGCCAUCUGUGCAGCUGUUGGGAGAUACCCUUUUUAAAAAUAUCCUUAUGAAAUAGCCCUUUUCUGGCAUCAGGAGCAAAAAUGCAUAGUAGGGAGAUGGAGAUAUGUGUUCUCUAGUCUUGCCCCUUCCAGCCCAUUGUGUGAUUCUGCUAAAUUUCUGUGGGAUUGGGCAUGGUUCACAAAUCUGGGUUCCCAGUUGCACAAGUGUAACUAUGUUUAGCUAAAUACUAUUCUCACUCACAUUUUCUCCAUCAAUCCAAAAAGAUCAGGCGGAAGGGAAGCACAUACAUUCUUCCCUACACCCAUUCUUUCUCGUGAUAUUGGAGGAGGGCUAGUAACAAUAUUCUAAUGGAUGAGCAUCUGCCCUUUGAUACACUUGAAUGCAUGUGUUUCUGCAUGCACACACAGCCACCUCUGUACAUGCUUCAUUUCAAUACUCCAAGAAAUAUUAUAGCCAUUUAUGUAACUCAACAAGACGACAAAUUUUACUUCUAAUAUAAAGCCACAUGUUUACUAUGGAGAUACCCAUAAUUCUGUUAAUUGAGACAAUAAUUAUAAAGUUGUGUCCAAGGAUGCUGUGUAAUAACUCCGGAAUAAAUUUCACUGUCUCAUUA